GGAGCUGGGGGAAUUGGUUUUGUGUGGCCCCUUAGUACUAUUUAAGCUGAGUUUGAGGCCCAAGGAGCAAUUAGGAGGUUCUGUUGAGUGACAGCAUGGGGAGCAACUUCAGCAUGCAGACCUGCUGUGGGAGUUGUAAGAAGCAGGAGGAAGCAUAUGAAGAGACUAGUGAGACCAAGCCAAUUCUGCACACCUCAGGGGGCACACCAAUGCACACUGAUACGCAGCCUCCCCCACCAGCCCUGGAAGCCUCUGAAAGAAUCUCUGAAGAAGCUCAGUCACUCUGCUGGGACCAACAGCUGUCAGCUGAUAUUGCAGAGAGGAGCAUGGAGACCUGCUGUCCUGCAGAUCCCAUGGGAAUGAUCGAGGAAUGGAAGACAGCCUGGAGCUCUGUGGAUUUCUUGGUGACAUCCUCAGGCAGGGAGACCAAAGAAGAGGCUGAAGUCCUGGAUCAGCAAGAAGGAGAGAAAGCAUGUAAUGCAGAAGAGAAAAUAAAACCUACUCCUUAUGAUGAGGCCCAGCUGGCUAUGCACACAGCUCAGGAUCUGAAGCUUGUUGCAGAUAUAGGACAGCCUGCUGAACAGGCUGGGGCUGGCAGUGAGGAUGACCAACAUGCUGAAAUAACUCCCCAAGAAAUAAAUAAUCUCGAGCUCAUGGAAAGCACAUGGGAAACUGCAGCUGCUCAAGACUUUGAGAUAGAGCCUCCCAUGGAGACUGGUGAGAGUUUCACAGGAUGGAACUUGCCACUCUGUGUUGUGCAGAAGAUGGCAAAAGAGGCUGAGACCGACCUUCCUGCUGGGCACACAGAGCAGGCAGACAGGGCUGGCCUUGCUGAAGGAAGUACUGAACUCACUGAGAGUGUCCAGAUCACACCUCUUGCAAAGGCUGCCUCUCUAAUGAAUGUGCAGGCUGCAGAGGAGACUGAGAAUGCAGUGGAUCCUUCAGAAGCCAUAGUGAAUGCUGUGGCUGAGAUGCACUCUGUUUCUGCAGUGCCUCAGGAAACCCUGUAUCCAGGAGGGCAGACUCCAGAGCCAGCCAACCAGCUGCUUGACUUCUUACAGCAAGAGGCUCAGUCUGGUGUGCCAACUGCACGAGAGGUGCAGAGCCAAAGCUGUGCAGAACCUGCUGAACUCGGUGAGGUUUUAAGUGAUGAAGACCAGGAAGUCCUUUGUGAUACAGCGGACAGUGAGGAGAGCAGGGAAUGUGAUCUGGAAACUCCAGCAGAUGAGGCAGAGCCACAGGAGAGCGUUGUGCAACAAAUGCUGCAGCUUCCAGCAGAACUGGCUUGUGCUCAGAUGCCUGCAGAGGAAGAAGCUGAGUUUCUCAGUGUGGUACCCUUGCUGUAUGAAGUGCCUGGGAGUGGAGGAGAUGGACAGGUUGAAAAUGCUGAAGCUUGAGAGAAGUGAGGAUGGAUGGGUUGGUAUUCAGUGCCUUUGGGAAUUUCAGCCCAAAAAAAAAGCAAUUAUCUCAGCCUUUUGAACCCAAUGUUUGUUUUUCUUUUUCAAGUGUGUCCUGGACUUCAGAAAGUGACUUUGCUAAAGAGAUGUGUGAGGUGUGCAAUAGAUGUUUCUAGAAAUUCUCCUGGGUUAUAGCUUGGUUGUACUUCUGUUUAGUAGCUGAUUUGCAGGAGAUCUUGCUUUACUGGGAGAGGAGUGAUUCACUUCAAUAGUGGUUUCACUGAAGGAAUGCUGAGCACUGCAUCCCCCAGUGUGGUACAGUGAUAGGAGGUUCCAGUGCAAAGUCUUACAAGUCUGUGGACAGGACAGACAAAAGCUCCUCUAACCCAGCACAGUCAGAUGCCUUCUGUGGCUCACAGACACCGAAUCAAACCUUCCAACCACCUCCUUUUCUACUUACACAUUUGGUGACUGUUACUUUGGAAGCAUUGAACGUGCUUUCAUGAGUCAAUGAAAUAAUACUCUGGUUUGUUCUUUGUAUUUCUGGUGAUAGCUGAUACAAUCUGUACUCUGUGCUCAUACAAUCUGUACUCUGUGCAGAACUUAAAGAAACAAAUGUAGUCUUGAUCAGAAUGCAUAAGUCAGUGUAUUGCGGUUUAAAUCUACUGACUUUUAAUGUUCAUGACUUUAUGACACCAAUAAAAUAUUUUAAG